GCAGAGUUGGAAAACAUUCAAAUGGACAUCGACAGACAAAAAGAACAGAUGGACGAAACGCAAAAUGCUAUAAUCAUGGAAAAUAAUGAACUGGAAGAGAAGCUUGCUGGCAUGCAAAAACAAACGGAGGAGUUGGAAGCCAUCAUUGAAAUGACAAAGCAGGAGAAGGAGGAUGUGAUGAGGAUAAAGGCUGAAAUAGAGGAACAGAAAGAUCAAAUGGAAGACAAUCUGAUGGAAACUCUCAAACAUGACAGAGAAGAACUUGAACGUCUAAAACAUAACAUACAAAUUGAAAAGGCGGACCUCGAAAAAAUUACACAAUUGGCAAUGAAAGGUCGGGAUGAGUUGGAAUUACAAGUGUCUGAAAUGCAAACCCAAAGAGAGGGAAUAGAAAAAGACAAACAAAAGAUACAAGAUGAGAAGGAUGAGGUGGAACAGAUCAAGAUGGAGUUACGGAGAAGGUCAGAGAAUCUAGACAAAAUAAUGGAGGAGACCAUGACAGAAAAGGAGAAUCUUGACAACAUGGCUGUCCAAAUCCAGAAGGAGAAAGAGGUAAUUAAAAGUGUUGUUGAGGAUAUCAAGACAAAGAAGACUGAUAUGGAAUUGAUGAAAGCUGAGAUUGAGACAGAGAAACAAGAGACAGAAAACAUGAAGGAUGUGAUAUCAAGCGAGAAACGUUAUUUGGAGCAAAUGAAGAUUGAGAUGGAAAAAACCAAGGACAAGAUAGCAAUCGAUGUUGGUGAUUUGGAACAGAAAAAGGCUGAGAUUGAGAGAGAAAGAGAUGAAGCAGACAAGAAGAUGGUUGAAUUGAAAGAGGAAGAGCAAAGUAUGAAGGAGGAUAUUAAGAAGACGAAAGACAACCUAGAGCAGAUCAAUGCUGAAAUACAAUUACAGCGAGAGGACAUUGCAACCCAAAUGGAGGAGCUAAAUGUCAAAAAAGCAGAGUUGGAAAACAUUCAAAUGGACAUCGACAGACAAAAAGAACAGAUGGACGAAACGCAAAAUGCUAUAAUCAUGGAAAAGAAUGAACUGGAAGAGAAGCUUGCUGGCAUGCAAAAACAAACGGAGGAGGUGGAAGCCAUCAUUGAAAUGACAAAGCGGGAGAAGGAGGAUGUGAUGAGGAUAAAGGCUGAAAUAGAGGAACAGAAAGAUCAAAUGGAAGACAAUCUGAUGGAAACUCUGAAACAUGACAGAGAGGAACUUGAACGUCUAAAACAUAACAUACAAAUUGAAAAGGCGGACCUCGAAAAAAAUACACAAUUGGCAAUGAAAGGUCGGGAUGAGUUGGAAUUACAAGUGUCUGAAAUGCAAACCCAAAGAGAGGGAAUAGAAAAAGACAAACAAAAGAUACAAGAUGAGAAGGAUGAGGUGGAACAGAUCAAGAUGGAGUUACGGAGAAGGUCAGAGAAUCUAGACAAAAUAAUGGAGGAGACCCAGACAGAAAAGGAGAAUCUUGACAACAUGGCUGUCCAAAUCCAGAAGGAGAAAGAGGUAAUUGAAAGUGUUGUUAAGGAUAUCAAGACAAGGAAGACUGAUAUGGAACUGAUGAAAGCUGAGAUUGAAACAGAGAAACAAGAGACAGAAAACAUGAAGUAUUUGAUAUCAAGCGAGAAACGUUAUUUGGAGCAAAUGAAGAUUGAGAUGGAAAAAACCAAGGACAAGAUAGCAAUCGAUGUUGGUGAUUUGGAACAGAAAAAGGCUGAGAUUGAGAGAGAAAGAGAUGAAGCAGACAAGAAGAUGGUUGAAUUGAAAGAGGAAGAGCAAAGUAUGAAGGAGGAUAUUAAGAAGACGAAAGACAACCUAGAGCAGAUCAAUGCUGAAAUACAAUUACAGCGAGAGGACAUUGCAACCCAAAUGGAGGAGCUAAAUGUAAAAAAAGCAGAGUUGGAAAACAUUCAAAUGGACAUCGACAGACAAAAAGAACAGAUGGACGAAACGCAAAAUGCUAUAAUCAUGGAAAAGAAUGAACUGGAAGAGAAGCUUGCUGGCAUGCAAAAACAAACGGAGGAGUUGGAAGCCAUCAUUGAAAUGACAAAGCAGGAGAAGGAGGAUGUGAUGAGGAUAAAGGCUGAAAUAGAGGAACAGAAAGAUCAAAUGGAAGACAAUCUGAUGGAAACUCUCAAACAUGACAGAGAAGAACUUGAACGUCUAAAACAUAACAUACAAAUUGAAAAGGCGGACCUCGAAAAAAUUACACAAUUGGCAAUGAAAGGUCGGGAUGAGUUGGAAUUACAAGUGUCUGAAAUGCAAACCCAAAGAGAGGGAAUAGAAAAAGACAAACAAAAGAUACAAGAUGAGAAGGAUGAGGUGGAACAGAUCAAGAUGGAGUUACGGAGAAGGUCAGAGAAUCUAGACAAAAUAAUGGAGGAGACCAAGACAGAAAAGGAGAAUCUUGACAACAUGGCUGUCCAAAUCCAGAAGGAGAAAGAGCUAACUGAAAGUGUUGUUGAGGAUAUCAAGACAAAUAAGACUGAUAUGGAAUUGAUGAAAGCUGAGAUUGAGACAGAGAAACAAGAGACAGAAAACAUGAAGGAUGUGAUAUCAAGCGAGAAACGUUAUUUGGAGCAAAUGAAGAUUGAGAUGGAAAAAACCAAGGACAAGAUAGCAAUCGAUGUUGGUGAUUUGGAACAGAAAAGGGCUGAGAUUGAGAGAGAAAGAGAUGAAGCAGACAAGAGGAUGGUUGAAUUGAAAGAGGAAGAGCAAAGUAUGAAGGAGGAUAUUAAGAAGACUAAAGACAACCUAGAGCAGAUCAAUGCUGAAAUACAAUUACAGCGAGAGGACAUUGCAACCCAAAUGGAGGAGCUAAAUGUCAAAAAAGCAGAGGUGGAAAACAUUCAAAUGGACAUCGACAGACAAAAAGAACAGAUGGACGAAACGCAAAAUGCUAUAAUCAUGGAAAAUAAUGAACUGGAAGAGAAGCUUGCUGGCAUGCAAAAACAAACGGAGGAGUUGGAAGCCAUCAUUGAAAUGACAAAGCGGGAGAAGGAGGAUGUGAUGAGGAUAAAGGCUGAAAUAGAGGAACAGAAAGAUCAAAUGGAAGACAAUCUGAUGGAAACUCUGAAACAUGACAGAGAAGAACUUGAACGUCUAAAACAUAACAUACAAAUUGAAAAGGCGUACUCGAAAAAAAAUACACAAUUGGCAAUGAAAGGUCGGGAUGAGUUGGAAUUACAAGUGUCUGAAAUGCAAACCCAAAGAGAGGGAAUAGAAAAAGACAAACAAAAGAUACAAGAUGAGAAGGAUGAGGUGGAACAGAUCAAGAUGGAGUUACGGAGAAGGUCAGAGAAUCUAGACAAAAUAAUGGAGGAGACCCAGACAGAAAAGGAGAAUCUUGACAACAUGGCUGUCCAAAUCCAGAAGGAGAAAGAGGUAAUUGAAAGUGUUGUUGAGGAUAUCAAGAGAAGGAAGACUGAUAUGGAACUGAUGAAAGCUGAGAUUGAAACAGAGAAACAAGAGACAGAAAACAUGAAGUAUUUGAUAUCAAGCGAGAAACGUUAUUUGGAGCAAAUGAAGAUUGAGAUGGAAAAAACCAAGGACAAGAUAGCAAUCGAUGUUGGUGAUUUGGAACAGAAAAAGGCUGAGAUUGAGAGAGAAAGAGAUGAAGCAGACAAGAAGAUGGUUGAAUUGAAAGAGGAAGAGCAAAGUAUGAAGGAGGAUAUUAAGAAGACGAAAGACAACCUAGAGCAGAUCAAUGCUGAAAUACAAUUACAGCGAGAGGACAUUGCAACCCGAAUGGAGGAGCUAAAUGUCAAAAAAGCAGAGUUGGAAAACAUUCAAAUGGACAUCGACAGACAAAAAGAACAGAUAGACGAAACGCAAAAUGCUAUAAUCAUGGAAAAGAAUGAACUGGAAGAGAAGCUUGCUGGCAUGCAAAAACAAACGGAGGAGUUGGAAGCCAUCAUUGAAAUGACAAAGCGGGAGAAGGAGGAUGUGAUGAGGAUUAAGGCUGAAAUAGAGGAACAGAAAGAUCAAAUGGAAGACAAUCUGAUGGAAACUCUGAAACAUGACAGAGAAGAACUUGAACGUCCAAAACAUAACAUACAAAUUGAAAAGGCGGACCUCGAAAAAAAUACACAAUUGGCAAUGAAAGGUCGGGAUGAGUUGGAAUUACAUGUGUCUGAAAUGCAAACCCAAAGAGAGGGAAUAGAAAAAGACAAACAAAAGAUACAAGAUGAGAAGGAUGAGGUGGAACAGAUCAAGAUGGAGUUACGGAGAAGGUCAGAGAAUCUAGACAAAAUAAUGGAGGAGACCAAGACAGAAAAGGAGAAUCUUGACAACAUGGCUGUCCAAAUCCAGAAGGAGAAAGAGGUAAUUGAAAGUGUUGUUGAGGAUAUCAAGACAAAGAAGACUGAUAUGGAAUUGAUGAAAGCUGAGAUUGAGACAGAGAAACAAGAGACAGAAAACAUGAAGGAUGUGAUAUCAAGCGAGAAACGUUAUUUGGAGCAAAUGAAGAUUGAGAUGGAAAAAACCAAGGACAAGAUAGCAAUCGAUGUUGGUGAUUUGGAACAGAAAAAGGCUGAGAUUGAGAGAGAAAGAGAUGAAGCAGACAAGAAGAUGGUUGAAUUGAAAGAGGAAGAGCAAAGUAUGAAGGAGGAUAUUAAGAAGACGAAAGACAACCUAGAGCAGAUCAAUGCUGAAAUACAAUUACAGCGAGAGGACAUUGCAACCCAAAUGGAGGAGCUAAAUGUCAAAAAAGCAGAGUUGGAAAACAUUCAAAUGGACAUCGACAGACAAAAAGAACAGAUGGACGAAACGCAAAAUGCUAUAAUCAUGGAAAAGAAUGAACUGGAAGAGAAGCUUGCUGGCAUGCAAAAACAAACGGAGGAGUUGGAAGCCAUCAUUGAAAUGACAAAGCGGGAGAAGGAGGAUGUGAUGAGGAUAAAGGCUGAAAUAGAGGAACAGAAAGAUCAAAUGGAAGACAAUCUGAUGGAUACUCUGAAACAUGACAGAGAAGAACUUGAACGUCUAAAACAUAACAUACAAAUUGAAAAGGCGGACCUCGAAAAAAAUACACAAUUGGCAAUGAAAGGUCGGGAUGAGUUGGAAUUACAAGUGUCUGAAAUGCAAACCCAAAGAGAGGGAAUAGAAAAAGACAAACAAAAGAUACAAGAUGAGAAGGAUGAGGUGGAACAGAUCAAGAUGGAGUUACGGAGAAGGUCAGAGAAUCUAGACAAAAUAAUGGAGGAGACCAAGACAGAAAAGGAGAAUCUUGACAACAUGGCUGUCCAAAUCCAGAAGGAGAAAGAGCUAACUGAAAGUGUUGUUGAGGAUAUCAAGACAAAUAAGACUGAUAUGGAAUUGAUGAAAGCUGAGAUUGAGACAGAGAAACAAGAGACAGAAAACAUGAAGGAUGUGAUAUCAAGCGAGAAACGUUAUUUGGAGCAAAUGAAGAUUGAGAUGGAAAAAAGGGCUGAGAUUGAGAGAGAAAGAGAUGAAGCAGACAAGAGGAUGGUUGAAUUGAAAGAGGAAGAGCAAAGUAUGAAGGAGGAUAUUAAGAAGACUAAAGACAACCUAGAGCAGAUCAAUGCUGAAAUACAAUUACAGCGAGAGGACAUUGCAACCCAAAUGGAGGAGCUAAAUGUCAAAAAAGCAGAGGUGGAAAACAUUCAAAUGGACAUCGACAGACAAAAAGAACAGAUGGACGAAACGCAAAAUGCUAUAAUCAUGGAAAAUAAUGAACUGGAAGAGAAGCUUGCUGGCAUGCAAAAACAAACGGAGGAGUUGGAAGCCAUCAUUGAAAUGACAAAGCGGGAGAAGGAGGAUGUGAUGAGGAUAAAGGCUGAAAUAGAGGAACAGAAAGAUCAAAUGGAAGACAAUCUGAUGGAAACUCUGAAACAUGACAGAGAAGAACUUGAACGUCUAAAACAUAACAUACAAAUUGAAAAGGCGUACCUCGAAAAAAAUACACAAUUGGCAAUGAAAGGUCGGGAUGAGUUGGAAUUACAAGUGUCUGAAAUGCAAACCCAAAGAGAGGGAAUAGAAAAAGACAAACAAAAGAUACAAGAUGAGAAGGAUGAGGUGGAACAGAUCAAGAUGGAGUUACGGAGAAGGUCAGAGAAUCUAGACAAAAUAAUGGAGGAGACCCAGACAGAAAAGGAGAAUCUUGACAACAUGGCUGUCCAAAUCCAGAAGGAGAAAGAGGUAAUUGAAAGUGUUGUUGAGGAUAUCAAGAGAAGGAAGACUGAUAUGGAACUGAUGAAAGCUGAGAUUGAAACAGAGAAACAAGAGACAGAAAACAUGAAGUAUUUGAUAUCAAGCGAGAAACGUUAUUUGGAGCAAAUGAAGAUUGAGAUGGAAAAAACCAAGGACAAGAUAGCAAUCGAUGUUGGUGAUUUGGAACAGAAAAAGGCUGAGAUUGAGAGAGAAAGAGAUGAAGCAGACAAGAAGAUGGUUGAAUUGAAAGAGGAAGAGCAAAGUAUGAAGGAGGAUAUUAAGAAGACGAAAGACAACCUAGAGCAGAUCAAUGCUGAAAUACAAUUACAGCGAGAGGACAUUGCAACCCAAAUGGAGGAGCUAAAUGUAAAAAAAGCAGAGUUGGAAAACAUUCAAAUGGACAUCGACAGACAAAAAGAACAGAUGGACGAAACGCAAAAUGCUAUAAUCAUGGAAAAUAAUGAACUGGAAGAGAAGCUUGCUGGCAUGCAAAAACAAACGGAGGAGUUGGAAGCCAUCAUUGAAAUGACAAAGCAGGAGAAGGAGGAUGUGAUGAGGAUAAAGGCUGAAAUAGAGGAACAGAAAGAUCAAAUGGAAGACAAUCUGAUGGAAACUCUCAAACAUGACAGAGAAGAACUUGAACGUCUAAAACAUAACAUACAAAUUGAAAAGGCGGACCUCGAAAAAAAUUACACAAUUGGCAAUGAAAGGUCGGGAUGAGUUGGAAUUACAAGUGUCUGAAAUGCAAACCCAAAGAGAGGGAAUAGAAAAAAGACAAACAAAAGAUACAAGAUGAGAAGGAUGAGGUGGAACAGAUCAAGAUGGAGUUACGGAGAAGGUCAGAGAAUCUAGACAAAAUAAUGGAGGAGACCAUGACAGAAAAGGAGAAUCUUGACAACAUGGCUGUCCAAAUCCAGAAGGAGAAAGAGGUAAUUAAAAGUGUUGUUGAGGAUAUCAAGACAAAGAAGACUGAUAUGGAAUUGAUGAAAGCUGAGAUUGAGACAGAGAAACAAGAGACAGAAAACAUGAAGGAUGUGAUAUCAAGCGAGAAACGUUAUUUGGAGCAAAUGAAGAUUGAGAUGGAAAAAACCAAGGACAAGAUAGCAAUCGAUGUUGGUGAUUUGGAACAGAAAAAGGCUGAGAUUGAGAGAGAAAGAGAUGAAGCAGACAAGAAGAUGGUUGAAUUGAAAGAGGAAGAGCAAAGUAUGAAGGAGGAUAUUAAGAAGACGAAAGACAACCUAGAGCAGAUCAAUGCUGAAAUACAAUUACAGCGAGAGGACAUUGCAACCCAAAUGGAGGAGCUAAAUGUCAAAAAAAGCAGAGUUGGAAAACAUUCAAAUGGACAUCGACAGACAAAAAGAACAGAUGGACGAAACGCAAAAUGCUAUAAUCAUGGAAAAGAAUGAACUGGAAGAGAAGCUUGCUGGCAUGCAAAAACAAACGGAGGAGGUGGAAGCCAUCAUUGAAAUGACAAAGCGGGAGAAGGAGGAUGUGAUGAGGAUAAAGGCUGAAAUAGAGGAACAGAAAGAUCAAAUGGAAGACAAUCUGAUGGAAACUCUGAAACAUGACAGAGAAGAACUUGAACGUCUAAAACAUAACAUACAAAUUGAAAAGGCGGACCUCGAAAAAAAUACACAAUUGGCAAUGAAAGGUCGGGAUGAGUUGGAAUUACAAGUGUCUGAAAUGCAAACCCAAAGAGAGGGAAUAGAAAAAGACAAACAAAAGAUACAAGAUGAGAAGGAUGAGGUGGAACAGAUCAAGAUGGAGUUACGGAGAAGGUCAGAGAAUCUAGACAAAAUAAUGGAGGAGACCCAGACAGAAAAGGAGAAUCUUGACAACAUGGCUGUCCAAAUCCAGAAGGAGAAAGAGGUAAUUGAAAGUGUUGUUGAGGAUAUCAAGACAA